AACUCAAAAAGACAGGUGCAUUCAAAUUUAGAUGCAUUUAGAAUUAGCCUAUGCUGUUGUAGUUUUAAAAGCAUUUUUUAUCAAAAACAACUCCAAACUGUUGUACCGUAGCCUAUGGGUUUGGUGCAUGAUUAAGGGUAGAAGUAAGAUAAAUGUAAGACAAUGUAUGGCGUAGACCUACAGUCAACGACAUGACCCCAAUGAUAAGUCAUUUCCAAUCCUAAAGCAUUAGCAAACAUACCCCAGACACACUUCUUUGACGUGACGAAGCAUUAUAUGUGCUAAUCGGCUUAUUGUAACAUUGAACGUAUUUAGCAAACGAACCAAUACACAUUUAUGUCUCAGUGCGUUGUCUAUACUUUCCCAUGUACUGGAUUGUUUCUAUCGUGGGAGCCUGUUGAAGCGCCCCAGCUGCGCACACUGAGCUGGCAUAAUACAACUGUUAUAAACUGAGCAGAUAGUUUGAAAGAGGAAGCACGUGUCAUCUGAAUAACAAAUCCCCUUCCGAGUUGUUGGCUGUAGCUACCAAUGCACAUUCAUAACGGGGCUAUUCCUAAAACAACCAAUUGUGGCAUGCAAUGUUAAGGUAGUUUAAAUGGUUGAUGGUGUAACUCGUAGUAAUUCGCGUGCUUCAGUUUUGGGACCUGAAAAGCUUGAGGUUUUACUACACUUGUUUCCCGACUUCAAUCAUCCCCGGAUUGAGGUGUCAUGGCCGCUGUUUACUGAACUGCAAGUUUAGGAAAGAGACUUUUAAAGUUACCAUGGAACAAAACUUCAAACUGGAGAGCCACUACGUUGACAAUGACAAAGGGAACUGGUGCAAAAGACUCCGCUCCAGGAAGAGCACUGCUCAGCGUUCAGGUUUGGAACAAGCUGAUACGACUGAAAACAACAGCUUGCACAAGGGAGAGCAGUCUGAUCGCAAGAUAUCUUCCCCACCGUCCCCCAAAGAACACCAGAAUCAGCGAGCAACAGGCGUGGCCGAGCACACACCCACACCUCAGUGUGAGAGCAGCACAACGUCCAGUGAGCCGAAGACAACUAAAGCAGUUUACAAAGCGAGCUCUCUAUCUGCUCCCCCUGGUGACGGCUUUGAUAUUCCACCCAGUGGUCCCUCCCUGCCUCAGGGGCAUCAGGUUUACGAAGACAUCAAGCACACACCCCCGCAGGUGACUAAAAACCUCAAUGCCCCUCACAGCCUCAACGGAGUGUUUACCUGUGUGAGGUGUAAGCUCUACACAAAAGAUGUAGGGACUUUUUUGCGGCACACACAUGAUGUCAAGCAUGAGCCGCCGCUGCCUGAGGACACCAAAGAUGGGCGCACGAGCCAAAGCGGCGAUUUAAGCAGUUAUCUCUCCCUCGCCUCGACAACAGGGUUUCCCCUCAAGUAUGAGUUUGAUCAGAAGCCGCCCCAGAAUGAUUACCUUAAGCACAUGGCAGCUGUCACCAGGAAAGGAAAAGAAAGAAAGUACUUCUGGAGGAAUAAGGAAAUUCAGCCAAAGGUGGAAGAUGAUGAAUCAGAGGGACUUAAGCUUCAUCUGACAAAGCACCCAGUAGAAUCAAACUCCUGGAUGGCUCGGGGGUUUCUCUCUCUGUCUGGGGAGGGGAUGCUGGAUGAACAUGGCCUUCUGCUGAAACCAGAAAAGACUCUAGAGGCCACCAACCAGUAUCUUGAGAGGAGGAAUAUGUCGGCCGAAAAAAGUGGCAAGAAGUUUAUGAUAAAAGAAGAACUAAAAAACAACAGCCGACCCGCUACCCCAGUCUCACUGCUGUUACCAAAAAAUGGCACGCCGUUGCCUUCCGAAGCUAUUAACCCCAGCAAUAACGAGCUGGCUGUUCUCAUGGAAAGGAAUAAUAUUUCCAUCCCUCCCAAUUGCACCACGGAAGUUCAGGGGUUCAAGAUGGUGGAUGGCAAAAAACAUUUGGUGCUGAAAGUCAUACCGGCAGCAAAGCAAGAAAUCACAGAUGCAGUUGAGCCAGCACCAUGUCCCACUGAACACGUUAUGAGCAACACUAUAACUGAGCCUCAACAUUUCGUCCAAACUGAUCCAUCCUGCUCUGUAAAAGACCACCAGAAAUACAACGGGAAUUCAGCACACAGUGCAAUCAGCACAGAUUCUCCGCUGUUAGGAACCGAGGAUGCAAACCGUAGUCCCUUGGAACUUGCACACGUUCAAUGUGAAGACCAGGGUUUCUGUGAUGGACCAAAUCAGGGAUGUGAUGACAAUCCCUGUCCUAAUCUAGAUGUGGAUGAGGAUAGUCACGAAGCAGGUGACGAUAUGCAGAACUCAGUGCAGGAGGCGAUGAAGCAACAGCUGUCAAAAGAGACACUCCUCAAGCCUGUCAAGGCACACACAGUCUCGGAGAGCACCUGUGGUCUGCUGCACGAGACCAACCAGGCCUCAGUGGAUGAAACACAAGCUACCAUAGACGUGAUUGAUGAGUCAGUGGAUGAAACACAAGCUACCAUAGACGUGAUUGAUGAGUGUCUGUCCCCAGCUCCAGAAGGGGAUUCCAUCUCAGAAUCCGAUGGAGGGUUUUCAAAUUCACAAUCUCCUCCAAAGCCCGACACACUUCCUGCCUCUCCCCCCUGGCCGCGGGGGGACGGAAAAGAACAUUCCCAUACCGAUGACGGCACAAGCAUUAUGGACACAGGGGAAUCUCACGUCCCGGAAAAUAACGCAGAUGGUUCUGAGGUCUCUGGAACAGCUGAGUCAGUAAAACCGCUGCAGGGCUCGGAUCUUUCUAUUCAAACCACCUGCCCUCAGAACAGUGAGACACCAUGUUCUGUAUCGUCUCCUGAUGUCAUAGCAGAGCCUAUUACUGCACUGAGAAUCGUACAUCCUCUUACUUGCACUCAAGAUUCAGUGGAAAAAACUGGCUCACAGGAGUUGUCCCCCCUAAGGACGGAAAAGCCAGUAAAUAACAAGAGACCCAGGGAACCAUCCCCAGAUCGCUCCGAAGAGGGACUAGUAUGCAAAUCCAGGAAGGACGUGGACUCAGAGCAGGGUGCAGGUUCUCCCGCGGAGGCUGGUUGCUGGGAGCCGUCUCCUCGUCACGUGGAGAAGACCCUCCGGCUCUUCCCCUUCAGCUGCAUCCAGCUCAUAAAGAGGCCGCAAGGAGACCAGCCCGUCGUCGUGCUCAACCAUCCCGACGCGGACAUCCCAGAGGUGGCCAACAUCAUGCGAGUUGUCCACAAGUACGGCGAGGAGGUCCAGAAAGUGGUGCUGUCUCAGAGGACGCUGAGGGCCCUCUCGGACUCCGAGCGCAACAGACCCUCGCCCACAUCCACGUCCAUCGGUGCCUCUCUCUCCCCUCGUCGGAUUGAUCCCAGCAAGACGGUCAAGGAGAGGUUCUUGCUGAAGCUGAAGCUGAGGAGGUCGGGCCAGAAUGCGUACCAGGUGGUAAGCACAGGGAGGCAUAUGUCUUUUCGGUGUUGGUUUUGUGGCCGCAUGUUCACCAAACAGGAGGAUUUCAUCUGCCACGGCCAGAGGCAUCUAAUGGAAGCCACCGGUGAUUGGAACAGCUGGUUUAAGAGCUAAUGAAAGAACAUAAGCUUGAGCUUGUUCCCCCCAUUUGAUGUUGGUCCGUUAUGUUAAUCCAGAAACCUCAGGAUGAUUACACGUAAUGGAACAGUGUGGGAAAACCAUAUAGUUUCAGUUACUUGGGAGAUGGAGACUGGUGCCCUAUAGUCAGGUAGUCUGUCCUACCUCGUCAUAGUUCUCAAAACCUUGUAAAACUGAAGAGAACUUAAAAUGUCACUUGAAUUUGCUUUGGCUAAUGAAUCUCCUUAUUUAUACCACAAACACAAACGUUGCUCAAGUUUUGUGGUACACCAAUUGUAUUUGCUUGAUUUAAUUUAUUGUCGUAAGCCAUUGACUACUUUUAUGUCAUUUUGUGCCGUUCUGCUUUGUCUUUACACUCAGGAAGCCAUGAAAAGGGCAACACACUGUAGUCACAUCGUUACACAAUCCCAGUCAAUGAGGCCUCACUCAGUCAUGCUAAUUGAAAUCCCCUAAAACACUGGUGCUGGAAAUACACCAUCAUGUUAACAGACUGUUCAUAUUGCAUAUGUGUAUGUGUCGUUUAUUUUUUUAAUUCUUUCUCUUCUGUAAAAUAGUUUUAUUUCCACAUUUACAAAAUACUGAGCUUUAAUCAAGUAGGUAGUAAUAACUAUUAGGCCAGAGGUCUAUGGUGCAUUAUGAGUAAUUGACAAUCAGCUAAAUAUUAGCAUUUAAUUUAUGAUGCAAAAAAAAAAAAAAUCACAAAAUGAAACUACUAACUACAAAUGCUCUGGAGAUGAUGAUCUUGAGGAGAUUGUUGUGCUUAAGCAUAAAGAAACCUGGAAUGUUUUUUGUCACCUCCAGCAGAUAACUAAAUGUUGUUCUAUGACCAAAGUCUAUGUUUAGAUCACAUUGAUAAUGCAAUAGGUGAAAUAUCUUCAGGGAACACCUUCCAAGUAGCUGGAUGUGAUUAAUCCAUAGCUCUUCCCUCUUUGACUUGAAGACGACGUAUUUAUUUUUGCACUCUGAUAAUUGCAGCACUUUUGAAUAGGCUGAAAGUCUUGCCAUGCAUGACCUUAUUCAGAUGUGAAAUUUAGAUUCAAAGAUCUAUUAUGUUGACAAGUGAGCCAUGUAGCAGCAGAAGCUUUAUAUUAUUAUCUGUACAACAGAAAAUGACAGUCCAUGCACUGAAGAACCUUUUGCACUGAGGAACGCUCUUGACACUCUUCUGUCCAUAACGCUGUAUGAUUUGGUCAACAGCUGUCCACUGUUGAGGGGAUCUAAGAGGUCUUUUUGAAGUGCCUGAAAUAGACUGAACUCAGUGAUUCUUCUUUGUACCAUCCUCUUAUGUCAUGCUGUUUCUGGGCAUUAAAGUGCUGUAAUAAAUUUUGUAAAUCUUA